CUAAAAUCAUCCUUUCUCCAGCCUGCGAGGGGUGGUGGGUGUGUGUGUGUGUUUCGCACCGCCGCUCUUUGUCUCUUUCUCUGUGUGUGUGGUCACCCUGCCGCCAGACGUCAACCUUUGAAUUUUUUCUUUUCUCCUACACGCCUCAUCCUCUCAACUCUCCUCCUCUCUCUUCCAGUCGACUUCAUCGCCGACUUGAUACCUGCGUGACACUUUUACGGUCGUCGACGCAUCAUUAGGAAAAACAAAAAGGUCUUUUUCGUCGCCUUUUUCCCCCUCCUUUUUUUCUCCGUCUUCUUUUUGGGCGACCACAGGUUCCCCGCCAUCGCUUAGAGGAAAAAAAAAAUAACCCCGCCAUCAACCACGAACCACCGUCAUCAUGGUUUCCUCAUCCAAGGAGAAGAGACUCGCCAAGAAGGCCGCCGAGGGCAAGCUCGAUAAGAAGAAGGGCUCUAAGAAUGUCAGCACGACUGCCUCAUCGGUCAACGGCGAUGAUGUCGCCGCCGGAAAUGACUCGGAAGAGAUCAAGCGCCUCGCCGACCAGAUGGACAAGCACGGCAUUUCUGACCGUGUCACCACCGGUGUCCUGGCCUCCACCCAGGCCAGCAGAGACGUCAAGAUCACCAGUGCCUCCCUCGUCUUCCACGGCCGCGUCCUCUUCAACGACACUACUCUCGAGCUGACCUACGGACGCCGAUACGGUCUCUUGGGAGAGAACGGUUGCGGAAAGUCUACCCUUCUCAAGGCCAUCGCUGCCCGCGAGUUCCCCAUUCCCGAGCACGUAGAUAUCUACCUCUUGAACGAGGGUGCUCCUCCCACCGAGCUCGGUGCCCUUGAAUGGGUCGUUACUGAGGCCGAGCGCGAGAUGGACCGUCUCGACAAGUUGGCCGAGAAGAUUCUCGAGGACGAGGGUCCCGAGUCCCCUGUCCUUAUGGACUUGUACGAGCACAUGGAGAAGAUGGACCCCUCUACCUUCUCUACCCGCGCCUCCCUUAUCCUGACGGGUCUGGGUUUCAACAAGGUCACCAUCCACAAGAAGACAAAGGACAUGUCUGGUGGCUGGAGAAUGCGUGUCGCCCUUGCCAAGGCUCUCUUCGUCAAGCCCUCGCUGCUGUUGCUCGACGACCCCACUGCCCAUUUGGAUCUUGAGGCCUGUGUGUGGCUUGAGGAGUACCUGAAGAAGUGGGACCGUACCUUGGUCCUCGUUUCCCACUCCAUGGAUUUCCUGAACGGUGUCUGCACCACCAUGAUCGACAUGCGUGGCAAGCAGCUCCUCUACUACGGAGGUAACUACGACAUCUACGACAGAACCCGUACCGAGCAGGAGACGAACCAGAUGAAGGCCUACCAGAAGCAGCAGGACGAAAUUGUGCACAUCAAGAAGUUCAUUGCCAGCGCCGGUACCUACGCCAAUUUGGUCAGACAGGCAAAGUCUCGUCAGAAGAUUCUCGACAAGAUGGAGGCCGACGGUUUCAUCCAGCCCGUUAUCCCCGACAAGGUCUUCACUUUCCGUUUCGCCGACGUCGAGAAGCUUCCCCCUCCCGUCCUGUCCUUCGACGACGUUACCUUCUCCUACUCUGGCGACCCCAAGGACGACCUGUACCGCAAUAUCGACCUUGGUUUUGACAUGGACUCCCGUACCGCCCUCGUCGGACCCAACGGUGUUGGCAAGUCUACCCUGCUGCGCCUGAUGACCGGCAAGCUCUCCCCCACCGCCGGUUCCGUCACCCGCCACACCCACUUGAAGCUUGGUCUGUACUCUCAGCACAGCGCUGAGCAGCUCGACUUGACCAAGUCCGCACUGGACUUCGUCCGUGAGAAGUACGCAGAGAAGUCCCAGGACUACCAGUACUGGCGCCAGCAGCUCGGCCGCUACGGUCUGACUGGUGAGGCCCAGACCUCCCUGAUCGGCACCCUGUCCGACGGACAAAAGUCUCGUAUCGUCUUCGCCCUGCUCGCCAUCGAGUCUCCCAACAUGCUGUUGCUCGACGAGCCUACCAACGGUCUGGAUAUUCCCACCAUUGACUCUCUGGCCGAGGCUAUCAACGCCUUCUCUGGUGGUGUUAUCGUCGUCUCCCACGACUUCAGACUUCUUGACAAGAUUGCCAAGCAGAUUCUCGUGUGCGAGGACCGGACUAUCAAGCCCUGGGGCGACUCCAUUGGAGCGUACAAGAACUACCUUCGCAAGAAGAUGGUUUCUGCCGGCGCUGUCUAAAACAGUCUCUGUGGCGAGACAUUUUGGGUUUCGGAUGCAUCUCCCUCUUGAGCGUAUGAUUUCUUUCUCCCCGGGAGGAAAAUAGAACAAAAAAGUGUUUGUUCAUGACUUUUAUGAAAAAAAAGUGCCGCCAUGACCGUCACGACCAGGCCGGAUGGGCUGCUGCGGAAACAAGGGAAGCGGACAACCUAUACCCCCCUUGUUCCCUCCCUCGAGACGGCGGAAACGGUGGGAAAAGAGAUUGAAGCGGGCAUGGGACGGCAUCGAGGGAAGACAUUAUCAGCAUCCAUCAGGGCGGCUGCUGGCACGGCAUGGGAUAGAUAGAUAUCUGCAGCUGCGAACUUUUUUUUUUCUUGUUUUCCAUCGUCUUUGUGUAGAUGACGAGGACAAUAGAGGCCACGAGCCAUUGAUUUGAGCAACUAGAGAAGCAU